ACAUGGGGGGUUUUCUACCUAAGGCAGAAAGGCCCGGGAGCCAACUUCAGAAACUUCUGCCCUCCUUUCUGGUCAGACAAGAAGACUGGGACCAGCACCUGGACAAGCUUCAUAUGCUGCAGCAGAAGAGGAUUCUAGAGUCUCCACUGCUUCGAGCAGCCAAGGAAAAUGACCUGUCUGUUCUUAGGCAACUUCUACUGGACCGCACCUGUGACAUUCGACAAAGAGGAGCCCUGGGGGAGACGGCACUGCACAUAGCAGCCCUCUAUGACAACUUGGAGGCGGCCUUCGUGCUGAUGGAGGCUGCCCCAGAGCUGGUCUUUGAGCCCACCACAUGUGAGGCUUUUGCAGGUCAGACUGCACUGCACAUCGCUGUUGUGAACCAGAACGUGAACCUGGUGCGUGCCCUGCUCACCCACAGGGCCAGUGUCUCUGCCAGAGCCACAGGCACUGCCUUCCGCCGUAGUCCCCGCAACCUCAUCUACUUUGGGGAGCACCCUUUGUCUUUUGCUGCCUGUGUGAACAACGAGGAGAUCGUGCGGCUGCUCAUUGAACAUGGAGCCGACAUCAGGGCCCAGGACUCCCUGGGAAACACAGUGUUACACAUCCUCAUCCUCCAGCCCAACAAAACCUUUGCCUGCCAGAUGUACAACCUGCUGCUGUCCUACGAUGGACAUGGGGACCACCUGCAGCCCCUGGACCUUGUGCCCAAUCACCAGGGUCUCACCCCCUUCAAGCUGGCUGGAGUGGAGGGUAACACUGUGAUGUUCCAGCACCUGAUGCAGAAACGGAGGCACAUCCAGUGGACAUAUGGACCCCUGACCUCCAUUCUCUACGACCUCACGGAGAUCGACUCCUGGGGAGAGGAGCUGUCCUUCCUAGAGCUUGUGGUCUCCUCUGAUAAACGAGAGGCUCGCCAAAUUCUGGAACAGACCCCAGUGAAGGAGCUGGUGAGCUUCAAGUGGAACAAGUAUGGCAGGCCGUACUUCUGUAUCAUGGCUGCCUUGUACCUGCUCUACAUGAUCUGCUUCACCAUGUGCUGCGUCUACCGCCCCCUUAAGUUUCGUGGUGGCAACCGCACUCAUUCUCGAGACAUCACCAUCCUCCAGCAAAAACUACUACAGGAGGCCUACGAGACACGUGAAGAUAUCAUCAGGCUGGUGGGGGAGCUGGUGAGCAUCGCUGGGGCUGUGAUCAUCCUGCUCCUAGAGAUCCCAGACAUCUUCAGGGUUGGUGUCUCUCGCUAUUUUGGACAGACGAUUCUUGGGGGGCCAUUCCAUGUCAUCAUCAUCACCUAUGCCUGCCUGGUGCUGGUGACCAUGGUGAUGCGGAUCACCAACACCAAUGGGGAGGUGGUGCCCAUGUCCUUUGCCCUGGUGCUGGGCUGGUGCAGUGUCAUGUAUUUCGCUCGAGGAUUCCAGAUGCUGGGUCCCUUCACCAUCAUGAUCCAGAAGAUGAUUUUUGGAGACCUAAUGCGUUUCUGCUGGCUGAUGGCUGUGGUCAUCUUGGGAUUUGCUUCUGCGUUCUAUAUCAUUUUCCAGACAGAGGACCCAACCAGUCUGGGGCAUUUCUAUGACUACCCCAUGGCACUGUUCAGCACCUUCGAGCUUUUUCUCACGGUUAUUGAUGCACCUGCCAACUACGAUGUGGACUUGCCCUUCAUGUUCAGCAUUGUCAACUUCGCCUUCGCCAUCAUUGCCACACUGCUCAUGCUCAACCUGUUCAUUGCCAUGAUGGGUGACACCCACUGGAGGGUGGCCCAGGAGCGGGAUGAGCUCUGGAGGGCCCAGGUUGUGGCCACCACAGUGAUGCUGGAGCGGAAGCUGCCUCGCUGCCUGUGGCCUCGCUCCGGGAUCUGUGGGUGCGAGUACGGGCUGGGGGACCGCUGGUUCCUGCGGGUUGAGAACCACAAUGAUCAGAAUCCUCUGCGAGUGCUUCGCUAUGUGGAAGUGUUCAAGAACUCAGACAAGGAGGAUGGCCAGGAGCAUCCAUCUGAGAAACAGCCCUCUGGGGCUGAGAGUGGGACUCUAGCCAGAGCCUCCUUGGCUCUUCCAACUUCCUCCCUGUCCCGGACCGUGUCCCAGAGCAGCAGUCACCGAGGCUGGGAGAUCCUUCGUCAAAACACCCUGGGGCACUUGAAUCUUGGACUGAACCUUAGUGACGGGGAUGGAGAGGAGGUCUACCAUUUUUGAUUAGCAUUGCUGUCACUCUUGACCUUACUCCC